UAAUUGGAUGAGUGAGAGUCCCAUGAUUUUCCCUACAUUAUAUUGUGUACUUGAAUAGUAAUAAUUGCGUUUUCACUGGGGAUUCUUCUUAGUGCGUCACUGCUCGAGGGAGUAUGAGCCGUGAGGAGUGAGGAGUGAGGAAGCAGAGAUAGAUAUCCUUUCUCUUCUCUGCCUCUUAUGUCACUUCUUUACAUUCCAUAAUCUUAUCCCUCUCUGACCCAGAGUUUCCUAGUCCCCACGAUCGUUUUUAGUAGAUUAUAAGAUCUGUUCACUUCAAAAGCGAGAAGAAAAGUUUGUUCGUAUCUGGGUUUUCUCUGUUGUUAUAUAUAUAGACUUGAAGGAAGGGAAUCCAUGGAUAUAGACAGUACUGUCGCUUCUGCUCCUAAAGUUUCUUCUUCUGAUUUGCCUGUUAAGAGGCCGAGAGAAGGAGAAGGAGAAGUUGAAGCUUUGAUUGAUAAUAAAGAGAACGGUGUCUCUGUUUCGUCUGUAUCUGUUGAGAUGGAGAAUAGGAAAGAGCCCAAUUGCAUAUCUUCUGUUAUCCCUGGGUGGUUUUCUGAAAUUAGCCCAAUGUGGCCUGGAGAAGCACACUCGCUGAAGGUAGAAAAGAUCUUAUUUCAGGGAAAAUCUGAUUACCAAAAUGUAAUGGUAUUUCAGUCGUCCACUUAUGGGAAGGUUCUUGUCUUGGAUGGGGUGAUUCAGCUUACAGAGAGGGAUGAAUGUGCAUAUCAAGAAAUGAUUACUCACCUUCCUCUUUGUUCUAUUCAGAACCCGAAGAAGGUGCUGGUUAUCGGUGGAGGAGAUGGUGGUGUUCUACGAGAAGUAUCUCGUCAUUCUUCAGUUGAGAAGAUAGAUAUAUGUGAAAUUGAUAAAAUGGUUGUUGAUGUUUCCAAGCAAUUUUUUCCAGAUGUAGCAGUAGGCUUUGAAGAUCCCCGUGUGACCCUCCAUGUUGGUGAUGGAGUGGCAUUUUUGAAAGCAGUUCCUGAAGGUACUUAUGAUGCCGUCAUUGUGGAUUCUUCUGAUCCAAUUGGGCCUGCACAAGAGCUUUUUGAGAAGCCUUUCUUUGCGUCAGUAGCAAAAGCUCUUCGCCCAGGAGGAGUUGUGUGUACCCAGGCAGAAAGCAUAUGGCUUCACAUGCACAUCAUUGAAGAUAUCGUCUCAAACUGUCGCCAGAUAUUCAAAGGUUCCGUCAACUAUGCUUGGACGACGGUCCCUACAUACCCCAG